UUGAUACAAGUUGACACGUCAAGUCGCGUCAAGUUUGUCUACUGUGUGCUACUGUGUGAAUUUUGAAGGUGGCUCGCAAGAUGCGUUAGUUUUACUCAACAUGGGCGAGAUUUUUGAAUCUACCGGAGUUAUUUGAGGACACCGAUGUGUCUGCAAAACAAGGACAAGCCGUCUUUUUCGAAAGGUUUCCCCGAUCGUGGGUAAUUCGAUCUGCGUUUGAUUUUAUACAUGGCGAGAGGUUAGGUCUGCGACACGUAACCGUGCAAUGUGAUUCCCCGAGGGAACGGAAAACGAGGUUUCGAAGAUGCCGAGAUUUACGAUGUUGCCCAGGACCUCGCGAAUAGUUGCUUUGUGCUCUGCUGCGAAUUUUAUAAACGCUGCCGACAGAGUGAUCAUGCCUAUCGCUAUCGUACCUAUGACCGAUCAAUUUAAAUGGAACCUCCACUGGCAGGGCUGGAUCUUGUCUGCUUUCGCCUUCGGCUACUUUACGAGUCAGAUCGUGGGUGCGAGCACGGCAAGCAGAUUUGGAUGCAAGACCGUGUUAAUGGUAGCUGUCCUGCUGUGGUCCAUUAGCACGGCAGUGACGCCUCUGUUGGCACAUUCUAUUCCUCUGCUAAUCAUUUGUAGGGUAAUUCUUGGCCUUGGAGAAGGUUUAGGUCUUCCAGUGAUAUUUCAUUUGUUUGCACACAGCGUCCCUGUGGAGGAAAGGUCAAGAGCGUUCGGAUAUCUUGUGGCCGCUGGUUCUGUCGGACAAGUUGUAGCGUCGAUUUUAUGUCCACACUUGUCCUGGCAAAGUGGAUUCUACUUAUUUGGAACAAUAGGAAUUACAUGGACUUUAUUAUGGUUAUUGCUUUAUCAGGAGAUGAAUACACAAGACGAAAUUCCUUUGUUCCUUCCAAAGGUGACGCAGAACAGGAGUUUACGCUGGUCUGAGUUUUUUGUUCACUGGCCCCUCUGGGCACUGUAUAUAGCACACUUUACUAUGAACUGGAGUAAUUACAUCAUUAUGCAGUGGUUACCCACAUACUUGGCACGGAACUUGUCGGCCAAUAAGGAAAGCAUCAGCUUAACCGCUUUGCCAUACAUCGUUAAUUCACUCGUUGGCAUCGUGGCUGGCCACAGCGCCGAUAACCUUAUUCAGAAAAGGUGGUCAGUUCUUUCCGUGAGGAGAUUAAUGACCAAUAUUGGCCUCAUCGGUCCUGGUGCAUUUUUAUUAGCAUUUUGUGCUGUUGAUAAUUUGCUUUCCGCGGUAAUAUUCGUAUCGAUAUCAAUGGGACUCUGCGCAUGCAACUCCGCAGGUCAUCUCAGUAACCACGCCGACAUAGCACCAAAUCAUGCUGGAAUAACUUUUGCCAUAUCAAAUACAAUUGCUACCAUACCAGGAAUUCUUUGUGGCCCUCUAACAGCAGAGUUGGUAACGGCAUCGCAUGGAAGGUGGAUGCCAGUUUUUGUCUUAGCAGCUGCAAUAAAUUUCACCGGUGCUAUAAUUUAUCAGAGCCACAGUGCAGCCCUUCCUGUAUUGUAACGUGUACCAGUGAUAAUUACUACUGGAACAGUGGAAAGUAAUUUACCUGUAAACAGUGAAAGAAGCAUACCUUUACGCAUGUUUUCAAAAGGUGAUGCCAGAGGCCAGACAUUAUUUUCUGCACCAUCGAAAACUAUUUAAAAAGGACUUUAACGUGGGGAACACCUGCUGGUUCACAUAACGUCGAAGCUACUUUCAGCUGGCAAAUGUGACAGAACUGGAGCUCUCCGUCAUCGCUGGACUGACAUGAGUGACAAACAUAUCAAGUGGGAAUGUUACUUCUUAAUCUUUAACUUUGAUACUAUUCUUCGAAUCGACCAUCGACGUGAGAAACCAGUUGUGAGACUUGUGCCAUGUCUGACUCGAAUGAGUUGGUUACGAAUAAUCGAUGGGAAGGAGACGUCGCGAAAGGCGGCAAGCACUACAUUUUAUUUUCGUUUCAUCGAAGUUUACAUUGUACAAAGAAGGUAUAUACUGUACAUAAGAAAGUAUUGUAACUUUUCGUGUGUUAUUAUCUCCCGAAUUUCCUAGUGCAUCUUGACACAGAAAGGGAUUAACGUCUGUGAUGAUUAAGGUACUACAUUAAACAAACAGUAAUAUAUAUCUACAUGAAGA